ACACGACUUCGUUGCAAGCUCCAUCCGCUUCCUUUCUGUCGUAUACACGCGAAGACGACGGUUUAGUGUCUAGAAGUUUUGUUAAAAAAAGUUAUGGGUUUCCAAAAUAUCUGGUACUCUCAUCCCCGUAAAUACGGCCAAGGAUCCAGAUCGUGUCGAGCUUGCUCAAACAGGCACGGUCUGAUAAGGAAAUAUGGACUCAACCUGUGCCGUCAGUGUUUCAGGGAGUAUGCUGGUGACAUUGGUUUUAAAAAGCUUGACUAGGAAGUCCUUGUAUGGUUUGCUGAGAUGCAGUGACAAAAUAAGUUUUGUAUUUAGUAAUUUAAGUCCAACUGACAUUGUUCUUCAGUAAACAAAUUAACUAAA